GAGGUUGCAUAACCAACCAAACCUAACCAAUCCAAGUCAACCAAAUGUUAUCAAGUCGUGUUACUUGAUGUAAGCACAAACAAGUAGUUAUACAUCAUCGCAGUACUCAAGUGCCGGUAAAUCCAACAUAUAUUCUAAAGAUGUGUUCGUUAUACAAAUCCAUAGCUGUGUUAUUAUCGAUUUCUGUGAUUGCCCUGGAGGGCGUACAACCUAGUAAUAACAAAGACCUCAUUAAACAAAAAAGGUUGCCCCCGUGCAGGGCCUGCAAGACGUUCGUAGACUCCUUCAAAAGGGGCAUGGAGAGGACAGAAAAGGGCAAGUUUGAAGGGGGUGAUGCAGCCUGGGAGGAGGAAAAGCUAAAGUCCUAUUCCAAGAGCGAAAUUAGAUUGGUGGAGAUUCAAGAGAA